AUGUCUUCAGUUCCUCCAGUUUAUAUUGUCUCCGCUGUGAGAACACCCAUCGGUUCAUUCUUGGGUUCCCUUUCUAGCAAGACUGCAACUGAACUCGGUGGCAUUGCCAUCAAGGCUGCCGUUGAACGUGUACCAGAAAUCAAACCCGGAGAUGUUGAAGAAAUCUUCUUUGGUAAUGUUUUGUCCGCAAACUUGGGACAGAACCCUGCUCGUCAAUGUGCUAUUGCUGGUGGCCUCACUGAAGGUGUAGUCUGCACCACCGUCAACAAAGUUUGUGCUUCCGGCACUAAGGCAAUCAUCCUUGCCGCUCAGACAAUCAUCACUGGCAACGCCGAUAUAGUUGUAGCCGGUGGUGCGGAGUCCAUGUCUAAUGUUCCUCAUUACCUUCCAACUCUCCGAAAUGGUGCCAAGUAUGGUGACCAAACUUUGGUAGACGGUGUUCUCAAGGACGGUCUCACCGAUGCCUACAACAAGAAAGAGCAUAUGGGAAUGGCUGCUGAAGAGUGCCAUGUUGAUCACGACAUUAGCAGAGAGCAACAAGAUGAGUAUGCCAUCAAGUCAUACCAAAAAGCACAAAAGGCGACUGAAGCCGGUAUCUUCAAGACCGAGAUUGUUCCAGUUGAAGUUAGCGGUGGCCGCGGCAAGCCAAAUGUUAAGGUUGAGAAAGACGACGAGGUUAAGAACUUGAACAUUGAGAAGCUCAAGGCCAUGAGACCUGCUUUCAUGCCUAACGGAGGAACUGUCACCGCACCAAAUGCUGCACCAAUUAACGACGGAGCUUCAGCUCUUGUCCUUGUCUCGGAGGCUAAGUUAAAGGAACUCGGUCUUAAACCUUUAGCAAAGAUUCUUGGUUGGGGUGAUGCUGAAAAGGCACCAAGCAAGUUCACCACUGCACCAUCUUUGGCUAUUCCUAAGGCUCUGAAGCAUGCCAAGAUUGAUGCUUCAGCCGUUGAUUACUAUGAGAUCAACGAGGCUUUCUCGGUUGUCGCAUUGGCAAACAUGAAGAUUCUCGGAUUGGAUGAAUCCAAGGUCAACAUCCAUGGAGGUGCCGUUGCUAUAGGACACCCUCUUGGUUGCUCCGGAGCUAGAAUCGUCACCACAUUGAUCAAUGUGUUGAGAGAACAAAAGGCAAAGAUCGGUGUUGCUGGUAUCUGCAACGGUGGGGGUGGAGCCUCCGCUCUUGUCAUCGAAUCUUUACAGUAA